UUUCUAUUGUGUACUUGAUAUUAAUGGAUUGUUAAAGAGCAUAGAUUUGUUCAUCUUAGGUUAUCAUUUAGAUAUAAGGGGCUUUUUCCAGGUUUGUUUGCCGCUUUUUUUCAACCGUUUUUGCCUUUCUGAAUAUCUCGUAUAGAUUGCCGAUAUUUCUAAUCAUCUCCCCAGUCCCUUUCAGAGCCAUCAGCAAUCAUGACUACAAGUCAUUCACAUCGGGAACUGUUAGAGCAGCAGGAUAAUGCUGAGGAAAACAAUCAUUUGUUAGAAUCGUUCGAUACUCCGGAACCAGAGGAUGGUAAUCAAGAGUUCAAAUUAAAAUAUUCCCAUUCCCAACAUAGUUUGAAUGAAGUAUAUAAUGGCAAGAAGUUUCUGUCUGAUCAAAGCGAUGAUGACCGCUUGCAGAGCACCAGUAGUAUUCAGCAACAUGAAACAACGCCCAGAGAACAAGAUAAUGAAGAAGAAAAUACCCAACAGCAAGAUGGAUUAAAUGGUGCUUUACAAGAAGGAAAUUCAUCAUCCCAUCCGGAUUCUAACGGUUCACCAGAUCAAGUUGAUUUGGAACUGCAGCAACCCCGUCGUCUUACCACGUCACAACGAAUCAAGAAUGUCAUUCAUCAUUUGGUUCCCAUCAAACAAACUUAUGAAAGAAUCAAUAACGGGAUUACUACCGGGAGAAUGCAAUCAAAUACUCCAGGUCGAUUUAUUGGCCAGGGUACUGAUGGAGUAUUCCGAAACUUGAUGGCAAAACCAGAUACCGAAAGUAACCGGAUCGAUCAAGAAAAUAAUCCUCCUUCAUACGAAGAAGCAGCCGCUGAUGCAAGUCCGGAGUACUGGGAGUCAACGGUUAUCUCCCCUAUGUAUGAAGAUGAAGUGUUUGUUGAAGGUUUACCGGUUGGAAAUAUUGCAAAUUUUGUAUGGAAUGGUUUAGUAACUGUUGCUUUCCAAUUUGUUGGUUUCAUUCUUUGUUAUUUGUUACAUACCUCUCAUGCUGCAAAACAAGGCUCAAGAGUUGGUUUGGGUAUAACUUUCAUGGUUUACGGGUAUGGAAUGGUUCCUUCUAAUUUUGGUAAUCCAAACAGAGUACCCGAUCGGUAUGAACCUUCGGAUCCUAAUCUGUUUGAUAUCAAUAAAUCUCUGUCCAUAAGCACUGGUGGCAAACUUGAUACUUAUAAAGUUGGAUUAUUGAAGGGAGUUACUUCGGUCGAUGCUUCUCAACAAAAUGACCCAAGCGUAUUCGAUGCUCCUUAUUUUGCUUAUGGAUUGAUCGCUUUUGGUCUAUUCAUUAUCAUAAAAGCUAUUAUGGAUUAUUACCGUGUUAAACAAAUGGAAAGGGUUAUAUUAUCACCUCCUACAACGACUACAACUACAACUACGGCAAAUUCUUCUUAAUAACUCAUAAAAGAUCUCAUAUACUUCUUCAUUCAGUUUUUGUUUUUCUAUUCUAUUUUAUUCUUUGUUUUUCUACUGGACUUAAUAAUUAAUCGGCAUUUUUGUAUACUAC